AUGCAAAAUGCUGUAAUUAUCAAGGAGGUGCCUUGUGUCGAGUACAUGAACAUGAGUUUGGCAAUCGCUGUCAUGUCAGAGAUUGCACAGAGACCUUGGUUCGCCCCACAAAGGCCUGUGCAGCUCAUAAAAGUGUUUGGAAUAAAUAAAUACCUGCUGGAUCACUCAGCUGCAAGUUUGGCAGGAUCAAAAAGAAUGUUGAACUGUCAGGAAGAACAUCUAGAGUGGAAUCCUAGGUCUGAGCAUGAAGUUCAGCCACAUGAUCAGCCAGCUCCAGAACCCAAAAAAUUAAAGCACUUUUUUGGUCCUGUGACAUUUUAUUGUGUUGAAACAUGGGCAAAAUUUGCCAAAUCAGAGUCAGAGUCAAACAUUCUGGCCUUUAUGCAGAAGGUUUAUCCUACAAAGGAAUCAUGUCCAGAUUAUAUCUGCAUUGAUAAAGCUUGUAAAGUGCUUAAACAUAUGGCUGCACAAGGUCACUGGGCUUCUGAUGGAUCAACCUAUGACAAACAAGCAUUUAAUACUCAGGCCUGUGAACAACUCAAUGCAUGGCUUGGAGGUUUUGAAUCAGUCCUCAAGAGAAUGACACCUCAAAACUACAACUGGUUUAUUCACACAAUGCUUUCUUAUCACACCAGAAAGGUUAUUGCCCACCAAAAUUUAUUUACAAGAAAAAUCCAUCAGAAGUCCAUUGGAAGUCCAGUGGAAGUCCAGCAGACUGAGAACUUAGCAAUUAUGAUGGUUUCUGCCUCUGGUCAUGUUUUUGUGCAAUCAAACCUGUCUGGCACUUGGCAGUGGAAUUUAUUAGGUCGCUAUGAGCAUGCUUUGGCAGAUAAUGAAAGUCUUGAAUCCAAUGAAAGUGACAAAUGUCACAUUCUAUUUGUUCUUCUUACCCCCCCUUCGACUCAUGUUUCUGGUCCAUCAUCUCACUAUGCUUUAUCUGAAUCUCGGUCUGAGUCUAUGUCUCAUUAUGCAUUUUACGAGUCUCAUUCUCAUUCUCAUCCUGAUACUCUGAUGGAUGUCUCUGUACCAUCUGGCUCUAAACAUAGUAUCGAUGAGAAUCUGCUUGGUAGACUCAAAACAGCUGGGCUGACAAUCAAUGAGUCACUUUGCUAUGAUACAAACCCCACUCUCCAAGUUAUGUAUCGACACUACACCCACAUCUUUGAGCUUCAGGGACAAAUCAAUGAUAUGGUUGCUGAACACAAAUGGCAGACUAAGUUUGGAAAGUAUUCAAACAAAACUGAAGUUAUUGGGCUUUUUGUGGCAAAGACAACCUGGCAUGAUUCCUAUGCCAAAGUCUUCCCAAUGGUGGAGGGUUAUGAACACAUGGUAGCCUGGUUGGAGGGUGAUCCUGAUGCCAAAUCAGAUCUUGAUCUUUGA